GAACAAUUACCACGACAAAGAACCAUACAAUCGUAUCGAGGCCGUAUUUAACAGUCUACACCCCAGUCCAUCGCCGCACGUCAAACCCCGUUGUUCGCUGAACAUUAACAGAAAUAGACAAAGAAAUACCACAUAGACCAUUAGCUGGUAGUUAACUAAAAUCGAAUCUAAUAACCAUGUCAGGCAACCCAUCCCCACUCCUCGGCCUCCCCGGCGAUAUCUACGCUACGAUCCUCGAGUACAUCACCGAGCCGCGGGAUUACUUCCAUCUGGCGCAAACCUGCCGCAGCCUAUGGGAACACGACGACAACGACGACCCGAUAUACAGGUGCGUGGUGCUCGACUCCCGGAUCCUCUGGAGCAACAUAAUCGGCGGCCCGGGCUCGAGUACCCGGCGAUGGCCCGAGGGCUACGAGCCGCUGCUGUACUGGUGUCUGCGGACGCGGCAGCCCGUGCACGUCGUGGCGCGCUUCGUCUAUUGUUAUUAUAGGGUGUAUCCGGAGGUGAUACAGGGGUCGCGAACGUCGGCGCUCCGGACGGCGGCCGUGUACGCCAUCGCCGCGAACCACCGCGGCGCGCUGCAGGUCAUGCUCGACAUGCGCGUGAUACCGCCGCUGGCGGACAUGGGCGAGCAGUACAUGAACUGGGCCGUCGAGCUGUGCGAUGACCUCGCGAUCCCGCGCUGGCUGGUCGAGAACGGAGUCCGGGUCACUGCGCCGCACAUGUUUGCCCUUGAUAGGAGGGGGCUCGCGCCGAGUCCUGACGCCGACUGGAUGUGGUUUUGGAACCAUUACCGUUCGCCCGUGGCGGCCACUGCGACCAUCGCAGGCAACGCGGGCAACGCAAGUAAUACAGGGGGGCCGUAAGCUCGGAUACGUAAGUAAUAAUAGCGUUCCCCUGAGCGUGAUCAUGGCUUCGCUGGAACUUGAGAAGAGAUAAUGCGCUUCUAAUUGGACUUAGAUACGACGCGCUCUUUAUCAUAGGUAUAUAGGUACUUGGCAAGUUGGGUAGGUAGAAAAAUUGUAAUUCGAAAUUACCCCUAAACAGCAUUAUUUGAUUAGCAU